AUGUUUAAAUUUUAUCAAAUGAAACAUAAUUUUCAAAUACUGGAUAAAAUGAGAUGCUUGCGAAAACGAUCUACAGUGUCAUUCUUGGGAGUUCUUGUCGUUUUCCUCCUAUUUAUGAACUUGUACAUCGAAGAUAGCUAUGUUCUGGAAGGGGACAAGCAACUAGUAAGGGAAACAUCCACACAUCAACUUAAUUCUGAGCGCUCCUUUCACACGUUUAAGGAUUUAUCAAACUUCUCAGGGUCCAUAAAUGUCACCUACCGCUAUCUAGCUGCCACACCUUUACAAAGAAAGCGGUAUCUUACAAUUGGAAUUUCAUCAGUGAAACGAAAAAAAGGAAACUAUUUGCUUGAGACAAUCAAGUCAAUUUUUGAACAAUCCAGCUAUGAAGAACUAAAGGAAAUUUCAGUGGUGGUUCAUCUAGCAGAUUUUAAUUCAUCCUGGUGUGAUGUCAUGGUCCAACAUAUUACACAGAAAUUUGCCCAUCAUAUCAUUGCUGGAAGAUUAAUGGUUAUACAUGCUCCAGAAGAAUAUUACCCAGCUUUAAAUGGUCUUAAAAGAAAUUACAAUGACCCAGAAGACAGAGUCAGAUUUCGUUCCAAACAAAAUGUAGAUUAUGCUUUUCUGCUUAAUUUUUGUGCCAAUACGUCAGACUAUUACGUAAUGCUUGAGGAUGAUGUACGGUGUUCCAAAUCCUUUUUAACUGCCAUCAAAAAAGUCAUUGCAUCCUUAGAAGGGACGUACUGGGUAACUCUUGAAUUCUCUAAGCUUGGCUACAUUGGUAAACUCUAUCACUCUCAUGAUCUCCCACGUCUGGCACACUUUUUAUUAAUGUUUUAUCAAGAAAUGCCUUGUGAUUGGUUAUUGACUCAUUUCCGGGAUCUACUGGCUCAGAAAAAUGUGAUCCGAUUUAAGCCAUCUCUCUUUCAGCAUAUGGGUUAUUAUUCAUCCUAUAAAGGAGCGGAGAAUAAACUGAAAGAUGAUGACUUUGAAGAGGAGUCAUUUGACAUCCCUGAUAACCCCCCAGCAAGGAUCUACACCAACAUGAAUGUGUUUGAAAACUAUGAAGCAAGCAAGGCUUACAGCAGUGUUGAUGAAUACUUUUGGGGAAAAUCUCCCUCAGUAGGGGAUACCUUUGUGAUUAUAUUUCAGAAUCCAAUUAUAAUUAAAAAAAUUAAAGUGAAUACUGGAACAGAAGAUCGACAGAAUGACAUUUUGCAUCAUGGAGCUCUAGAUGUUGGAAAAUUUAAUGAAUUUAGAAAAAAAAUAAGAACAUGUGAUAACUACCUAAGACUAGGGGAAUUCAAAAAUGGAAACUUUGAAAUUUCAGAAGUGAAUAAAAAAAUUCCAUUUGACAUACACUGCAUGAGGAUAUGUGUUACCAAAACCCAAAAGGAAUGGCUGAUCAUUAGAAGCAUCAGUAUUUGGACAUCUUAGCCAAUUAAACCAGAAUCUUGUGAUUCCAAAGCAGUUCUUCCUGCUUCGUUUUUUGCUAUCUUCAUUCUUUGCUACUUUCAUCGUUUGAAUGAAAAGCAAUAGAUGUCAUGUGUUACAAGGAAAGCUAAUAAUCUUGGCAGUUUUAAUUGAGCCUUGAUUCCAAAUUGUCAACAUGGUCUUAAUCUAAUACACCCCUGUAUUUGUUUUUGCUUUUGAAGUCAAAUUCUAGGGUCAAUGUUGCUUUCAUUUAUAUUUUUAAAUGUUCUUAAAGUCACGAUUUCAAAUGAAUAACAAAA